UUUCAACGCACUACGUAACACUGAUUAGAAUUGUUAAUCAAAAACUUUUCAGGUUAUGUUUUGUCACGAUCAUGAUCCAGUAAUAACUUGUAACGAAACGUACAUACAAGUACAUGCGCAAUAUAGGAAACUAUCAGCUGAGAUCUAUCUGCAACGAUGACAGAUCCACUGAUAUGUAUAAAAGAAAGUACUACUGAAAAAACGAUAGCACAUGCUGAUCCAUUCAAGAAGGGUGGUCCCUGUGAUGAUUGCAUUCCAAGACUUUCAAAUGAUCAAUUGAUAUCAUUGAUUAUUAAAUGUACUGAUUUUGCUGCAAAAAAACAUAGUACUCAGAGAAGGAAAGAUCCUGCACAAACACCUUAUAUAAAUCAUCCCAUAGGAGUUGCAAACAUUUUAGUUCAAGAAGGCGAAAUAUAUGACCCUGUUGUAAUUUUAGCUGCACUUCUACAUGAUACUGUAGAAGAUACAGAUACUAAUUUUGAUGAGAUAGAACUAGAAUUUGGAUAUACAGUGAGUCAAGUUGUUCAAGAAGUAACUGAUGAUAAAACUCUGCCUAAAGAAGAACGUAAACGUUUGCAAAUAGAAAAUGCACCUAAAAGAAGUCACAGAGCUAAGUUAGUAUUACUAGCAGAUAAAUUAUAUAAUUUACGAGAUCUUCAAAAGAGUACUCCAAUUUGCUGGACACCUGAAAGAGUAAGGGAAUACUUUAAGUGGGCUAAAGCUGUUGUAGAUAGAAUCCGCAGAACUAAUUCUAAUUUGGAAACUGCAUUAGAUAGAGUAUUUGCAAAACAAAGAAUUGAAACUGAAACAAAAUGUAAAUGUGUAAAAGAUAAUUCACAAAAUUUUUGUAAUAGUGAAAAUAUAAAUUAAUUCUUAUUGAUUUUAUGAAAGAUAUUAUCGAUUUUACAAAACAUAUACAUUAGCCUUGUAUUUACAAAUAAUACAGACCAAUAAAAUCGAUAUUGAAAAGCUGUUUUCUGAUAACAUC